CAGCAUCCUCAUGGAUUCUAGUCAGGUUUGUAAUCCAGAACGGGAACUCCCAGUAUCACUCUUAAAAGAGAUUUAUUGGUGAACUUGUGCUCUUAAUUGUAGCUUGAUUUUCCUUUUUUCAUCUGUCAAAAGUCUAAUAACACAUUGGUCAUUUCUAUGCUCCCUAAUAAAAUACCUGAUAAAAAAGAUGAAAUUGACAACUAUCAAUGCUGCUUGUUAUAGGCAACAUUUUUUUAGGGGAGAGGUUGAAAUUAAUCACGUCUUUGUUAUCUUUUGGGGGGGCUUGUCAUGACCCUCCACUUGUAUUUUAUUUAUUUCUCAUUUUGUUUUUAAAAAUUUUCAAAAAUCUCACUUCUUUGGUAAGUACAAUUGAGUAGAACUUUUAUGGGGCAAAAUUAAAUUACUUUUUAGUGACCUUACAAAGGAAAAAACCAAACUAUUCUUUCUCAUGAGGUUUUUUUCCCUAUGAUUAAUUGUUAACCCAUUAUGACUCUUGCAUAGCUAAAAGAAUUCUAAAUAUGUAAAACUAACAUUUGACUUAGUUAAGAUCUGAGUUUCAUUAAUACGUAACUAUUUUAUCUAAGGUAGGCUACUAGAUGAAAGCAAAAAGUCACUGUUUUCUUUUUUAUAUCAGAAAAUAAAAUUAUUUAUAAAAUCCAAAAAAUUAGCAGUCUAAUCAAUACUCUGUCUUCAAAGUACAGUUUACCUUUGCAUUUUCUCUAGCUUUCGAAAAUUCACUUUAAACCCUUAACACUUAAUAUUUGCUUCAAAAAAUAGUUCUGCUUUAUGAACAUUUUCUUUUAAUGUUCUCCCAUAAAACAUGAAGCAUUUCUAUGUUAUCUUUGAAAAGAGUUGGCACCAGUUCCUUAAGGCAGAGCUGUUUUAAGAAUUGAGGGCUUUUUGUAAAAUUACCAAGUUAAGAGUUAGGAAUUAAACACAAACAGAAAACCAUGCUAAAGGAUCACAGAUACCAAAGCAGCUUUCAUUCCUUUAUAAGGUCACUUUAGGUUAUGUUUAUUUAUUAUGUCGUGUCUGUUGGCACAACUGGAUCCAGGAGUUCACAUGCCUGAGUCCAGAGGGCUGUAGCAGAGUGUCCUUGACCCCACCCCACCCAUAGAAGGGCUCGCUCCUAAUUGGUCCCUGUCAGCGGGCAGUGAUAGGAGUGUAGGGAGAGCCCCAACCCCGGUCUGUGUCUCUCUGGAUACCAUACAUUGAUUCCUUAAACACUGAGUUCUUAGUGGAGCACACAUAUACAGUGUAAAUUGAAAGGAUCUGGGGAAUUAGAUCCCAUUUUGAGUGUACAGAAAAAUCCUGAUUCCUAGCAAUUUGGUAUUAGCUGGAUGCUCCAAUUAUUUUUCUGAUCAUUUUUCUCAAUAAAUUGUUGGAUCCUUUCACCUUUAUCUUUAAGCAUGCCUCGAUCCUCCUUAAGUAGUGUUGCCUGCCUUCUGUUUCCUUUCCGAAGUUUAAGGUUGUUCUGAAUAAGGCUUUUUUUUGCGAGUUGGAAUUUUCUGCCCUAGUUACUUUCAGUUUCCCCCAUUAGGUUCUACAUAAUGGUCUCUAGGAAAUUAUCUUAAGUGGAUUAGACUAUCAAAGAGCUCAAAGUAUUCAUGUUGGAAAAUUUCUGUCAGUGUUCCUUUGUGGAAGAGAAGUCUGUACAUGACUGAAUUUAGGGAACAACCCAUCUUCAGCACUCGAGCUCAUGUCUUCCAGAUUGACCCAAACACAAAGAAGAACUGGGUACCCACCAGCAAGCACGCAGUUACUGUGUCUUAUUUCUAUGACAGCACAAGAAACGUGUAUAGGAUAAUCAGUUUAGACGGCUCAAAGGCAAUAAUUAACAGCACCAUCACCCCAAACAUGACAUUUACUAAAACAUCUCAGAAGUUUGGCCAGUGGGCCGAUAGCCGGGCAAAUACUGUUUAUGGACUGGGGUUCUCCUCUGAGCAUCAUCUUUCAAAAUUUGCAGAAAAAUUUCAGGAAUUUAAAGAAGCUGCUCGACUAGCCAAGGAGAAAUCCCAAGAAAAGAUGGAACUUACCAGUACCCCUUCACAGGAAUCAGCAGGCGGGGAUCUUCAGUCUCCUUUAACGCCAGAAAGUAUCAAUGGGACAGAUGAUGAAAGAACACCUGAUGUGACUCAGAAUUCAGAGCCAAGGCCUGAACCAACUCAGAAUGCAUUGCCAUUUUCACAUAGUUCAGCAAUCAGCAAACAUUGGGAGGCUGAACUGGCUACCCUCAAAGGAAAUAAUGCCAAACUCACCGCAGCCCUGUUGGAGUCCACUGCCAAUGUGAAACAAUGGAAACAGCAACUUGCUGCAUAUCAAGAGGAAGCAGAACGUCUGCACAAGCGGGUGACUGAGCUUGAAUGUGUUAGUAGCCAAGCAAAUGCAGUGCAUAGCCACAAGACAGAAUUAAAUCAGACAAUACAAGAACUGGAAGAGACGCUGAAAGUGAAGGAAGAGGAAAUAGAAAGACUAAAACAAGAAAUUGAUAAUGCCAGAGAACUACAAGAGCAGAGGGACUCUUUGACUCAGAAACUACAGGAAGUAGAAAUUCGGAACAAAGACCUGGAGGGACAACUGUCUGACUUAGAGCAACGUCUGGAGAAAAGUCAGAAUGAGCAAGAAGCUUUUCGCAAUAACCUGAAGACACUGUUAGAAAUUCUUGAUGGAAAAAUCUUUGAACUAACGGAGUUACGAGAUAACUUGGCCAAGCUACUAGAACGCAGCUAAGGAAAGUUAAAUUCCAGUGCCAAUUGAUUAAAAAAUAUACUGUCUCUCUUCAUAGGACUGUUUGGGCCCUGCAUCAAGAUUGCACAAAAAAAAAUUUGAAUAUCACUCCUCCAGGAGGAGGAUCUUUUGAAAAUUGAAAUUGUAUAUUUCAGUGUAAAUUUUAGAAUUCAGCUUGUAGCUAGUUGGGGAAAAAAAAGAGAUGAAAAACUUGAACUACAAAUUACCUCCAUGUAUAUUAUUGGCCAUAGUUAACUAGAAGGUUAUAAAUAGAUACUUAAUGCAAUCUUUUUUUUUUUUUUCUGAUAUUAGCCAAUGGGAGAGUUAACAGUGUCUGGGUCACAUCCCCUUUUUUGUGUUCAACACAGUGAAGGUUAUCUGCUUUUUAAAUUAAUUUAUUUCUGAUAUCUAAAGCUGUGUUUUGUGCAAAAACUUAGUGAGGAAAGCCCUGUCUUUUGUUGUAAUCUGAAUAAUUUCUCAGGAUAUUUUUGCACUGCUGAAAAGCAGUGCCAUUACCAAUUAAUUCUUGCCAGGAGUGAGAGAGAGCUGCAUCUUUAAUUGAAACAUACUUAGUAUUACUGGGUGUAUAGAGUUCUUCCCUUUUUUUGUACUGGAAGAUAUUUCACUCUGGUGACACUCUGGUACACUCUGGGGUUCUCGAAUCUUGUCUGCUGUAUAGUUUACUUUUCCAUAUUGAUUCCAUGUAUUUAUGAGAAGAUACUGUCUCCCAUUUUAUUACACAUUUUAAAGCCAACUAAUGAAGGCAGCUGAGUCCCUCCAAAAUUUUUCUUUUUAAAUUUCUAAUGAAUUUGUCACACCGUACUGAAAUACAGCAGCCCGUCACUGAUGGGCUGAUCUAGCAAUGUUAAGUAUAUUUACAGAAUAUGCAGUUACCUUUAUUUAUAUAUUUUGCAAGAAAUCUUUUCUGAAUGAUAAAUGCAUUUCAAUUUACAAAUAAUAAUGGUUAUUGGGGAACUGUUUAUUAUCGAUCAUUUUAAGGUGUAUAGCUAUUUUAAAGGGGACCCGUUUCCAUCAAGCAGCCGAUCAGAGGACUCUUGGGACUGGAGCCGUGUACUCUGUCUGGGUCUUCACAUCAACCACGUCUAGUCAAACCUCACAAGGCAAUAUUCUGAACUGUUAACUAGGCAUUUCAAAACAGGAAUGCAGUUCAGUGGGCUCUUCUCAGUGAACAGGUUUUAAUGUUGUUUUGAUGUGAUUUUACAGGACUUUUAGCAAACAUGCAUUUCUUUAUCUCUUUCUUUUAAGGAGCUAUUUAAAAGUAAGUCAAGUGCUGUCUAGUCUGCUUAUGGAGUAGGAAUUGCAUCAGAGUCCAUAUAUUCUUGCUGUGCAAUGCCUGUGAUGUCGAGGAGGGUUCUUUUUUAAAGUGUAUGCUUGAGUAUCUGACUCCGUGGAGUCAAAAAUGCACUGACUUUUUGUUUGUACCCCAAAACAAUUGAAUUGUUACGUACAAAAUUAAGCUGAUUAAUCAAUUUGUAACCAUUUUUUCACUCACAGCUAUUCAACACUAGACAAUUUUGUUUUAUAUAUGUACAUGUAUGUAUGUAGAUACAUACAUAUUAAUUUAUAUUAGAGUGAAAAAUAAAUGGUUUGUUUCUAAAGUUAGUUUCUAAAGUGAGUUUUCAGGUGUCCUGAAAAGUUUAUAUCAGACACUUAAUCAUCAUGUAUUAUAUGUGUUAUAAUAUCAUGUAAGUUACCUCCAUCUAUUUUAGGGUAUUUUCCUCACCUAUUUAUUAUAGGGAGGAUAAUUUAGGUACACAAGCUCAGAGCUGAGAUAUUUCUCUGAUAAAUCAGGUAAUAAAAUUUAUGUGAUUGAUGGAAUUUUGAAGCAGAUGUGAUUUUAUCCAUCAGUUUCUGAGAAACAGCACCAGAUUUUAAUUUAAAGAGAGGAUUUAACACUAGGGAUCAGGGAAUUUAGUCAUGAAGAAUUAAAAAUUAAAAAAAAAAAAAACAGUGUAAGCUGUUGAAAUGGUAAGUGAAUUAUUUUAAUGAUGUAAUAAGAUAUUUUUAAAUUUUGACAUAGUUGUCAUUUAAUGGGGAAAUAACUCACCAAAAUGUCUCCACUUGAAUUGUAUUGCUAUAUGAGACGUGUGUAAUUCAAUAUAUACAUAUACUCAUAUGUAUAUACAGAAAAUUAUUUUUAAUAUUUUCCUACUGAUAUGAAAUUUAAAAUUGGAAAUUUUGUGAGUUUUUUCCUUGUCCAAUAGAGUCUAAUUUUUUUCCUUUUUUUAGUGACUCAACAAUUUCUAGAGGGCUGCACCUUUAAAUUCCCAGAUUGUCAUUAGAUGUGUACAGUGUAUGGGAUAAGGUGGACACAAGUGCACAUAUGAAAUAAAAUCUUAUUAAGACUAUUUUAAACAUUCAUUUAUAGUAGGAGAAUGUCUAGAAAACAUCAUCUACAAGUCAUAAUUAGGUCGUGUGCCUACUAUACUUUUCUCCAUUUCUGUAUUAUAUAAAUAAAAGUUUGCAUAUUAAAAUUUGAUUUUUCCCAGAGACAAGUAUUAUAUAAUGUAUCUAUAUUUAGAUCAAACUGUGGUAAUCUAUUUAUCAGAAAAAAACUGGGGGGACUAUAGCCUGAACAUGUGGACUUGAAGUGACACAGAAAAGGAGAGCAGAGAUUGAUCCCAUUGUGUGUAAGUUAUCAUAUGAUCGCUAUGGCUUCUUGUACAAAAACAAAAACAGAAAAAAAAAACCUGAAAAAAAGAAAAACAAAAAUACAGUUUUUAUUUUGAAAUACAUUUGUUGUUCUCUGGAGAAUGUACUUUAUCCUUUUUUCUUCAGUCUUUUACAGAUACUUUUUUCUUUAAGUAUUUCAGUGAUGGCAGCAUUUACUUCCAUUUUACAGGUGCUACUGGAUUUUGCAUUAGUGUGUUAUGUUGUGAAAUCCUGACGUUGACAUAAAAGGUUUUAUAAGUAUUUCCCUGCCUGGAAAAUUAGUUUUGUUUCUUCUCUCCCUCCCUCCCUCUGUCUCUUUCUCUCUCUCUCUUUCUCCCCCUUUCUUGCUGCAGAUUUAAAAAAAAAAAAAAAAAAAAGUCCAUGAACCUGCAUCCCUCCUUGUCCCUUUAGAAGAACGUUAGCACCACCAGAUUUUAAUGUUUUGCUCUCGUCGAACAUGCUGAGUGGGGAAGCGCUGAGAGAAAUAACGUACACCUUUUUUUUCAAGUGGAACUAAAAGAGACACGCAAAAUUAAACUCGCACAGCCUUUUAAAACUCAUUUCUUUGCCCUGUUAAAACUACAUGUAUUCUUUCACAUUUGUGUUCAGUCUUCCAUGUUUUCAUGUAACUCUGGAGUGUGCAGCUCAGCUACUCUUCCAUCACAGACCUGAUUCUCUGUCAGUUCUGAAAUGGGAGGCAGGCUGGGGGACAUGUGUUGGGUGCCAGUGACUUGUUUGUUUUUUUUUAAGAAAUCCUUUUCUUUAUUUGAUAUCCAAUGAGGAUACAUACCAUCCUGAUAUUCUGUGCAUGAAGUCAUGAAGUAGUUUUCGCUGAAUUUUUUUUUCUGGAUAUUUAGUACGCUGUUUUCAUUCAUGAAGUCAAUUAAUUUCUAUAAAUCUGAAAGAGGAAAAUGUUCAGGUAAGAAGUAGUUAAGAAUGACACAUUUUUAAAAAUCUCUCAAGUGGGAUGCUACGCCAUAGUAAUAAGUAUUUGUUGAAAAGACAAUUUUCAUGUGAGAAGGUGUUUUUAAAAUGACUAGAAAAGGAUUAUUUUAGCAUGGAAACAGAUGCAUCAUUCACUUUAUUCUAAAUUUUUUACUAAUGUUUAUGUUAAAUUGGACUCAAUUUUUUUUUUUUUUUUUAGGGCUGCACCCGAGGCAUGUGGAGCUUCCCAGGCUAGGGGUCUAAUGGGAGCUGAAGCUGCCAGCCUAUGCCACAGCCACAGCAACGCCAGAUCUGAGCCGAGUCUAUGACCUACACCACAGCUGACAGCAAUGCCUUAACCCACUGAGCGAGGUCAGGGAUUGAACCUGUGUCCUCAUGGAUGCUAGUUGGAUUUGUUUCCUCUGAGCCAUGAUGUGAACUCCUGGACCUUAAAUUUCUAGGGCAGUUUUUCUAUAUGGGAAGCUGAUGUAUAGGUGUCACAUAUAGAAGCAUAGUUAAUGAAUUAAAGAAAUGAAUGUUUUUGGAGUUCCCAUUGUGGCUCAGUGGUAACGAACCCAGCUAAUAUCCAUGAGGAUGCGGGUUUGAUCCCUGGCCUUGCUCAAUGGGUUAAGGAUCCAGCAUUGCUGUGACCUUUGGUGUAGGUCAUAGACAUGGCUUGGAUCCUGUGUUGCUGUUGCUAUGGCUGUGGUGUAGGCCGGCAGCUGCAGCUCCGAUUUGAUCCCUAGCCUGGGAACUUCCAUAUGCCAAGCGUGUGGCCCUAAAGAAGAAAAAAAAAAGUUUUUCUCUUUUGUCUAUAUAUUACCUGGUAAAAUCACUAAAAAUAGCUGACAGCUGACAGUUUUAUCCAAGGAAAAACUCAAACUCAGUCAGCACUACACUUGCCUAGUGAUUUCUGCUUAGUGUACUAGAUAAAAAAGAACUGAGUUAUUUUUACCAAAAACAGGUGACCCAGGAAGAGAAAUUGCAUCUAGCCUAGACUAGGGGAAAGGACACAAGCUCCCAAUAGAUUUAUAGUCAAUGCUUUAGUCUCUUUAAGUCCCCUUCUGUCUUUGGGGUUUUUGUUUGUUUGUUUGUUUGUCUUUUGUGUGUUUAGGGCCACGUCUGCAGCAUAUGGAGGUUCCCAGUGUAGGGGUCGAAUCAGAGCUGUUGCUGCCGUCCUAUACCACAGCCACAGCAACUCGGGAUCCAAGAGCCACAUCUGUGACCUACACCACAGCUCAUGGCAACACCAGAUCCUUAACCCACUGGGCUCACCCAAUGCCGGAUCCUUAACCCAGGAAUCGAACCCGCAACCUCAUGGUUCCUAGUCGGAUUCGUUUCUGCUGUGCCAUGAUGGGAACUCCCUCCUUCUAUCUUUUGGAUGAAAGGACACGUUCCAGAGGAUACCAGGAGUGUAUGUGGGUGAGGAGAGGAUAUUUUUUGUAAAAACAGAGCCAGCAAAGAGAGUAGGAGCGCAGUGACGUCAGUUUUUAGGACACAUCAGGACAGCCAGAGACACAAAGUGCUCUUCCCUUCCUUGCUGCUGCUUUUAGCUAAACAAGUUGGGAUUGCCCUAAUGAAUUGCAAAGGCUUUCAGGAGAUCCUGUCAUUUUUGUCCUGUCAGGAUUUCCAACCUUAAUCUAAGACACUUAACAUUCAGAACUCACCAUUUUUGGGGAUUCUGACCUACUUUUGUCAAUGAUUUUCCCUUCAAAUCUACCUAGGGACAGAAAUGUUACUCUGCUUUCUCCUAAUAACACCAAUGAAGAUGCUACUAGGUGCCUAAUCAAUGUAAAAUUAAGCCCAUUUUCUGUAAUAUAGAAAAAUUUGUUUUGUGAGUAUUUUUUUCUAACUACAUUCAUGAUUUUAUCUUCUCCAUGUUUUAUAACUAUGCUACUAUAUAUGUGUGUGUAUAUAUGGUAAGUCAUAGUGGUACAACUUGUGUAUAUGACUGACUUAAUUGUUAGGCCUUAAGUAGAAUGACUGUUUUCAGAAAACAGGGCUAGAAAGCAGAUGUGCUGGGAGUAGAUACUUUCUCCCGAACAUCAGUAUGAAAUGGAAUAAAUAGAAAGCGGUGUGUGUUGAGUAUCUGCCAUUGACAGGCACUCUACUAACUGUUUGACAUUUCAUUUCAUAGGGUCCCUGCCAGGGGUGUUCCUUUGGAGGGAGGAGAAGGGGGAAAGGCUUAAAGCACCUGCUGUGUCCCCACAUCACUCAGUCAGGUCAUCCAGUCCAGUGUCAGAAGGUAGAGAUCUUGCUUAUGUUGCUGGUACAAUUUUCCCCUUAAGUUUGCCUGCUUUGCCUCUCUAGAAUAUCUCUGCUAGCACACUUCCUAACACUUCUUUUAUAUUUGCUCUUCUCAAACUUCUUCCUGAAGGCUCCUUUGGUGUUUACAAUGCUUGUGCUUGUUAUCAUUCAGUUGCAAGUCAUACUUUGUGGCAGGUGUCAUUAUUUAUGUAAUAUGCUUUGGUCUCUACUUUUUUUAACAUAUAGGCUUCAAAUAGUCCUAGGAAAGUUUCAUAUGCAGAAUUUCGGUCUAUAAAAUUUAAAUAGCAAACUAUUUUAGAAAGGCCUUGGGGAGACAAUUCAUCUCUUCAGUUGCCUAGUGAAAUAUAAUCCUAGUGAAAUUCAGUUCUUAAGUUGCCUAGUGAACAGUAGUUAAGCAGGAUGUGGGUUUUGCCAUCAGUCCUGGGUAACUUUGUGGUCAGCUUUGGUUCCUCAGAAGUUCAGGCCUCCCUAGGUUGAUCAAGCCAUUAGAUCAGGCAGAGAAGUAACUACUAGCCCUAGUUUUUUUUUUUUUUUUUUUUUUUUGAUGGGUUAUAAAUAGAAUCAUAUAUUUGUCCUUUUGUGUCUGGCUUAUUUCACUGAGCAUAAUGUUUUCAAAUUUUAUCCAUGUUGUGGCAUGUAUCAGAAUUUCAUUCCCUUGCAAUGCUGAGUAAUAGUCCAUUGUAUGGAUAUACCACAUUUUGUUUAUCCCUUUAUCUGUUGAUGGACACAUGUGUCAUUUCCAUCUUUUGGCUGUUGUGACAAUUAACAUUCAUAUACAAGUAUUUGAGUCCUGUUUCAUUUCUUUGGAUAUAAGCAUAGAAAUAAAAUUUCCAGAUCACAUGCUAAUUCUAUGUUUAGCAUUUUGAGGAAGGAUCGGGUUUGAAUUGGAUUCAUUUAAAAGACUCAUAGAGCAAGUUGCAUGUCAUUUGGAAAUCACAGUUGUGGGGUUAGUGUUUUGUUACUAUUAUAUAAGUGAUCCAUUAGCCUCUUCAGUCAUGCCUUCUACUCUCACACCUAAAACAUUUGUUAAGCACCUGCUCUGUCCCAGGCCGCAUGUUGGAAUAGAGACUCGAGAGGGAAGCUCAUGCUUUGGUGUAGAUCACAGACAGUUUACAGUGCAUAAGUACUAAGAUAAAGGGGAGGCCCUUGGGGAAAGGAGUCAAGAAAUCUUUCACAGAAGAGAUGAUACCAGCUGAGCUGUGGUGGGGAAGUAGGAGCUUGCUAGUUGAAAAAGGGGUGAUGGAGAAUAGCAGAGUGCAUGUUGUGUACAAAGGCGCAGAAGGAUAAAAGUGUUGAGACAUUUACAAAGGAUGGGUUAGUACAUUGAAACGUAGGGUAUAUGGCAAAAGGUGGUGAUGGAGGAGUAAGCAAAGGGUAGAUCAGGAAAGACUAAGUCAUAUGAAAGAUUUGGGUUUUAUUCUGAAGAUAAUCUAGAGAUUUUUAAGGGUUUUUUGUUUUUGUAAAGAACUUAUGUAAAAUAUGUUGUAAAAGUCUAGGUAGGUCUGCAGAUCACAAUAGUCCCUGUUGAGAGGCUGCAUGAUGGUAGUUGUACUGUGGCAAAAGAGAUGGAAUACAUUCAGAAUGUAUGUGGGAGGAAGAAUCAGUAGGGCUUUUUGGCUGAAUCAGUAAAUGGAGGAAAAAAGAAAAAGAAAGGAAUGCACGAUGACACCUAGGUCUCUUGAGUUGGACACCCAGGUAAAUGAUCCCAUUGACUGAGAUGGCAAAUUGAAGAUGGGGAAGGGCUUGGAUUUGGUGGAGUCGGGGAGGCCAGGAAAAGCCAGAUGAAUGAGUUUAAGAUACCUGGGGAAUAUCUAAGUGGAAAUGUUGUUCUAAUUGGAGCUUAGGAAAAAAUUGGAGGUGGAGCUAGAUAGUUGGGAAUUUUCAGCACCUGCGAUGGUAAUUGAGGGCAUGAGACGUGGGGAGAUUACAGAAUAAAAAUGUCACUUGGGGCCAGGUGCAAGACAAGAGCUUGUGAAAGAGAGAAAGAGUGACCAAGAGCGAAGAGUAGGCAGCCAAAGAGUGAGGACUUAUGGAAGCCCGCCCAGAGUAGAAUUUCAGAAAGCCAAGGAGUUCUCUUGUGGUGCAGCAGGUUGAGGAUCCAGCGUUGUCACUGGGGCAACUUAGGUCGCUGCUGUGGCACAGGUUUGAUCCCUGGCCCAGGAACUUCCAUGUGCCAUGGGUGCAGCCAAAAAAAAGAAAGAAAGGAAGAAAGCCAGAUUUCAUACAAGAAUAAACAAAUCAACAAAUCAACUCAUGUCUUGAGGCAAUGAUAUUCCAGCUGUGUUCUGUUGAGAUUCUUUAAUAUUUGAUUCAUAAAUAUACUUUAACAUAAAACAAAAACCCAGCAAACUCAGAUGGGCAACUUAUAGGAUUUUAAAACAUUGGAAUUUAGCAAACAUCAGUACCAGGUUGUUUUUGUGCAGAUAGCAGAAUAAAGCCAUCUCUGCUAAAUGGAAGAGCAUCUUAAUAUUUCCAGGUGAGCUGUUAAAGAAGUGCUACCAUUUCUUUGUGUUAAUCAAGACAUUCUCAAUACUGUGCAGCUGAAACAAAAGACGGAAAUAGGGUCUGCAGACCAUCGUCUCUGUCUUCUAUGACCCAGUUUCAAAUGUUGUUUAUGAAAAUAACUUUACUUUUCGUAUGGACUUAUUAAAUGAAAUGUUACAUACCAUUCCUUCUGUUAAUAUAUUGGUUUUCCAUGUAGCUGUCAUUUCUAAAAGGUUGCUGGGGUGGGGGUCAUACUUUCCUGGUAGAAUUUGGCUUAUCCUCUUGCUGUGGUUCACCUCCCUCCCCUCAAAGGCAAGUUCUAGAGGUCUUAAGUGUAUUACGUGUAUCUUUUUAAAUGUGUUAUUUUGAUACUGAAUUCUUCACAAGGACCAGGUGAUAAUUUGUGUUUGCAUUGCCACAGAAAGUUCGAGCGUUAUUCUUUCUGUUAUCUUAAAUGAUCCUUACUCUUUUUUUUUUCAUAUUGAUUCAUAAACGGAUAACUGUAUGCAAAUUAUAACUGGUGGAAAUGAUCUCAAACAGGAACAAUAGCAACAAAAAUCCUCUUUGUAUUUGGUUUUAGGAUGCUGUAUGGUAUAUUUGAUUUUUCAUUUCUAGAUUAAGUUAAAAUUAGCUUGAAUUCCUUGAGUAGACACGACUUGCACUACUUGGGCAACAAAUUAGAGCAUGUUAGAUGUUCCAGGAAGAAAAGAGGAGCUACUGGUUUUCAAAUUUGGCUCCGAUAAUCCAUAAAAUUUGCAAAUCACUUGUGAAUUGUCCAAUAAACUAACUUUUAAACCA